CAGCUUCAUGCAGCUUCUUAUAUAACCAACCUUCCAGCUGCUCCUCUUCCCUUCCAUUUCCCCCAUUCUUCUGUCUUUACAUCCAACUUCGUCCCCCACCCCCCAUCUUUACUUGUCGCCCUUUGUACCGCGACUUCUCUUGAGCUUGUCUCAUCCACCCAGUCGGCCCAUCGUGGUGUAUUCGCGGGUGUGCUCGUGUUUGUUUUCUUCUUUCCCUACUCGAUCUUCCCCGGUGUUCUAGCCUUCAGAGCACCAAAUCUCAUCCACAAUGCGUUUCAACGCUGCCUUGACUUCCGCUCUGGUCUCCUCGGCCUCCAUCAUGGGCAUGGCCCAUGCGGAGGAGACCGAGAAGAAGCCUGAGACCACCUCCAUUGCGGAAAAGCCGACUUUCACCCCUACUACCCUCAAAGCUCCUUUCUUGGAACAGUUCACCGAUGACUGGGAUAGCCGGUGGACUCCUUCCCACGCCAAGAAGGAGGACUCCAAGUCUGAGGAGGACUGGGCCUACGUCGGUGAAUGGGCUGUUGAGGAGCCGACUGUGCUAAAGGGUAUCGAGGGAGACAAGGGUCUUGUCGUCAAGAACGUUGCUGCCCACCACGCUAUCUCCUCCAAGUUCCCCAAGAAGAUUGACAACAAGGACAAGACUCUCGUUGUCCAGUAUGAAGUCAAGCCGCAGAACUCCCUUGUUUGUGGUGGUGCCUACCUGAAGCUUCUCCAAGACAACAAGAAGCUCCAGUCCGAGGAGUUUUCCAACGCCUCCCCCUACGUUAUCAUGUUCGGUCCUGAUAAGUGCGGUGCCACCAACAAGGUGCACUUCAUCUUCCGUCACAAGAACCCCAAGACCGGAGAGUACGAGGAAAAGCACCUCAAGGCGCCUCCUGCCGCCCGUACCAACAAGGUCACCUCCUUGUACACCCUGAUUGUCCGCCCUGAUCAGACCUUCUCCAUCUUGAUCGACGGCGAGGAGGCCAAGAGCGGUAACUUGCUCGAGGAUUUCAACCCUCCCGUCAACCCCGAGAAGGAGAUUGAUGACCCCAAGGACAAGAAGCCCGCCGACUGGGUCGACGAGUCCAAGAUCCCUGACUCGGAGGCCACCAAGCCCGAGGACUGGGAUGAGGAGGCUCCUUAUGAGAUUGUCGAUGAGGAUGCCGAGAAGCCCGAAGAUUGGCUGGAGGACGAGCCCACCGCUAUCCCCGACCCUGAGGCUGAGAAGCCCGAGGAUUGGGAUGAUGAGGAGGAUGGCGACUGGGUUCCUCCCACCGUCCCCAACCCCAAGUGCCAGGAAGCUUCUGGCUGCGGUCCCUGGACUGCUCCCAUGAUCAAGAACCCCGCUUACAAGGGCAAGUGGACUGCUCCUCUGGUCGACAACCCCGCCUACAAGGGACCCUGGGCCCCUCGCAAGAUUGCCAACCCCGCUUACUUCGAGGACAAGACUCCUUCCAACCUUGAGCCCAUGGGCGCUAUUGGUUUCGAGAUCUGGACCAUGCAGAACGACAUCCUUUUUGACAACAUCUACAUUGGUCACUCCGAGGAGGAUGCUGAGCAGCUCCGCAAGGAGACCUUCGAUAUUAAGCACCCCAUCGAGUUGGCCGAGGAGGAGGCCAACCAGCCCAAGCCGGAGGAGAAGACUGCCGAGCCCAGCGUCAGCUUCAAGGAGAACCCUGUGGCACACAUCCGUGAGAAGGUUGACCGUUUCGUCGGCUUGGCCAAGCAGGACCCCAUCACCGCCGUGAAGCAGGUUCCCGAUGUGGCCGGUGGUAUUGCUGCCGUGCUUGUCACCAUGCUGCUCCUGAUUGUGGGCGCUGUCGGCGCCAGCAGCCCGGCCCCUGCUCCGGUGAAGAAGGGCAAGGAGGCUGCCAGUGCGGCUAAGGAGAAGGCCGCUGAGGCUGUCAGCUCUGCUACCAACACUGGCAAGAGCGGCGCCACCAAGCGCCAGACUCGCUCUUCUGCCGAGUAGAUGGGCCUGCCUUGCUAAAUCAGGCGCGUGGUUAGAAAUGAAGCGGCCCAAAAGUGAGCAUUUUGCGGGGAGGGACAGCUUCCGACCCAGUAUUUUGUUUUCUUUCGAUUUCCCAUAUUAUACCUACCUGUUGCAGCGUUAAAUCAAUGAUUUGUUCUUUUAUUCUGAUUAUGUUGGGAGGCACGGCUAGAGAGCCGCUGCUGUUCUGUCUGUGAUGCGAUAUGAAGGCCACACUUGAGGGACCUGCCUCGAUUUGUUUUUGAAACCUGUAAAGUAGCCGAUGGAAAGACAUCAAUCAUAUGGUCGAUGAUUGUCCCUAGCUUAGGUAAUUGAGUCCAU